AUGAGCUGGUUCUUCGAAUACCUGCCGGGAUCCAUAGACUCAUUCCAUGCACUAUCGAACGCUUUCCUAUCACGGUUCAUCUUGUUGGCCGCUGGACAUCACAACACAAGCCAGUUGUUCAGCGUCAAGCAGGUUGCAGAGGAUAGUACUAAGUCACUGAACAUAUUUGUGGCUGCAGACUGUGCAAAUGAGUCAAUUGAUGCUCAGAAGGUGUUUGGUUAUGCUCUUUACAAAGAAGGCAAGGAUACAAAACUGACUUAUCCCUUAGAGAAAUACAGUUCAGAUGUGGCUGGGAGAAGUUUCCACAAUGGGCGUUUCAUCCAAAGAAUGCGUGAAAAAACCAUGACUCUUUCAAAUGUAAAAUUGGAACAAGGAUCAGUGACAACACUAAUCGAGGAAAAGGGCAUUGUUAAAGGGGUGAUUUACAAGAACAAGGCUGGAGAGGAGAUGAAAGCAUAUGCUCCACUAACAAUCGUGUGUGAUAGCUGCUUUUCAAAUCUGCGCAACUCUCUCAGUGCACCAAAGGUUGAAAGUCCCUCAUGUUUUGUUGGUUUGAUCUUGGAGAACUGUGAACUUCCACAUGCAAAUCAUGGACAUGUGAUUUUGGGAGACCCUUCACCCAUCCUGUUUUAUCCUAUCAGUAGCGCCGAGGUUCGUUGUUUGGUGGAUGUACCCGGAACAAAAGUACCUUCAGUAGCUAGUGGUGAAAUGGCUAACUAUUUGAAAACUGUGGUGGCUCCUCAGAUUCCCCCACAGCUGCACAGUGCUUUUAUGGCCUCAGUAGAGAAGGGAAACAUCAGAACAACGCAAAACAAAAGCAUGGCUGCUACUCCUGUUCCCACUCCGGGUGCAAUUUUGUUGGGGGAUUCAUUCAACAUGAGGCAUCCUUUAAUAGGAGGAGGAAUGACCGUGGCUCUUUCAGACAUUGUUCUUCUCCGCGAUCUCCUUAGACCCCUACAUGAUCUCAAUAAUGCAUCUGCUUUGUGCAGUUACCUUGAAUCAUUCUACACAUUGCGUAAGCCUGUGUCAUCUACCAUCAACACAUUGGCAGGUGCUUUGUACAAGGUGUUUUGUGCGUCACUGGAUCCAGCAAGACAGGAAAUGCGUGAAGCAUGUUUUGGCUAUUUGAGCCUUGGAGGUAUCUGUUCAUAUGGACCUGUAUGUCUACUCUCUGGUCUUAACCCUCGUCCACUGCACUUGUUUCUCCAUUUCUUUGUUGUUGCCAUCUAUGGUGUCGGCCGCUUAAUGCUUCCCUUCCCAUCACCUAAACGCAUGUGGCUUGGGAUUCGAUUGAUCUUGAGUGCAUCAGGCAUCAUAUUCCCCAUUAUAAAGGGUGAAGGAGUUAGACAGAUGUUCUUUCCUGCCACAGUGCCAGCAUAUUACAGAUCUCCUCCUGUCCAUUGAAGAAAUGGCAAGAAGUGUACUUGGAGAAGAAUAUUGUUACGAAGAUUUUAUAUUUAAUUGAUAUGAUAAUCCAAUUUGUAUCAAAAUAGCAGCAUUUGUUCCACCCAGAAAGUAAAGAUCAAGAUGGGGGUCAAUGCUAAAAUUAGGAAGAGGAAAUUAUUCUUUAUGAAUUGUUG